AUGCCUCCAAAGAAAGCAUCCACUGCAGCUGCUACGCGCAAACCCUCCUCGGCCAUCGAGAAGAGCAUAAAGGACUCGAAGCCUGCCGCAAAGCAGCGAGGACGCCCCUCCAAAGCAACUACAGCAAAGGACACGAAGGAUCCAAAGCCCGCUGCGAAGAACCGCGGACGACCCCCCGUAAAGACCACAAAGAAAGCUGCCCCAAAAUCGGCCGCUAAGUCUUCCAACAAGCGCAAGGCAUCAGAUGAUGUUGAUGGUUCCCCUGCCCCGAAGAAGGCAAAGAAAGAGCCCGCGGUAUCAAGAAAGAUAGCGCCGGUGAAGAAGGCUGCCGCCCCAAAGAGGGAGGUUGUCCCAAAGCCACCAAAGGCGCUGCCUCACAUCAACGACGCUCCUACGCAGGUUCUCGAUGUUUACGUAUUCGGCGAGAAUUCUGCCGGUGAGCUUGGUAUCGGUACUGGUACUGAACAGGAAGUCUCAAAUGUCAAACGUCCACGUCUUAACCGCAGACUUGCCGCAAGCGAGGUCGGUGUGGUUCAGAUCGCGGCUGGCGGGAUGCACUGUGUUGCCCUUACACGUGACAACAAGAUCUUGACUUGGGGAGUGAACGAUCAAGGAGCUCUCGGGCGCGAGACUGAGAAGCCCAAUGCCAAUGCGGAUGAUUCUGAUGAUGAAGACUUGGUCCUGAAUGCAAGCGAAGCAGAGCCGCGUGAGGUGGACCUCAGUCACUUUCCAGAAGGCACCAAAUUCUCACAUGUAGUUGCUGCUGACAGCACAAGCUUUGUCGUCACUACUACCGGCUUGGUCUAUGGAUGGGGUACAUUCAGGGGUAAUGAUGGCAUUUUGGGUUUCCGCCCCCACGGCCCAAAGACUCAGUCGACUCCGGUCCUCAUCCCAGAGCUCAAGAACAUCACCACUCUUUCUGCCGGCACCAACCACAUCUUGGCCCUCAACACCAAGGGCAAGGUAUUUGCAUGGGGUGCAGGAGAACAGAACCAACUUGGUCGCAAGAUCAUCUCUCGCAACGUCGCUCAGUCCCUCGUACCAAGUGAAUUUGGACUGUCGCGGAAGAAGAUUAUGACUAUCGGCUGUGGUGAUUAUCAUUGCUUCGCGGCUGAUGAUAAAGGCAACGUCUUCGCCUGGGGUCUCAAUGGUUUCGCUCAGUGCGGCACAGAAUCAGAUCAAGAUGACGCAUCACCUACUAUCUCACAGCCGACCAUCAUCGAGGGUCUUGAAGGAAUGGCGAUCAAGCAGAUCAUGGGAGGUGCGCAGCAUUCCAUCGCCGUCACAACGGAUGGGAAAGUUUUGGUGUGGGGUAGCUGCCAGAACAACCAAUCUGGUGUUGAUCUGUCAACUCUCCCAGCCAACGCUAUUUACAGGGAAUCCAAUGGCCGGGCCCGAUACAUCUCGAAGCCAAGCAUCAUUCCGGGUGUAGAUGGUGUCGCUGUUGCUGCUGGUCCCGAUGCCGGUGCUGCUAUCACGAGUGAUGGCAAGGUGUAUACUUGGGGCUUCAAUGCCAAUUACCAGACGGGUCAGGGUCCAGUACCCGAUAUUCCGGUUGCAACGUUGGUGGAUAAUACCGCUGUCAGGGGAAAGAAGCUCGUGUUUGCUGGUCUUGGUGGUCAAUUUGGUGUUUUAGGUGGUAUCCCAGCCGAGGCUGAGGAAUAG